CGCCUUUAGAUGAAAGUUCACUUACCGCCGCUUGGGAAUUAUCUGCCAUCGCCGACAUGCCGUCCAAGCCUGCCCCGAUCAAGAAGGCCGCGAAAGCACCCAAGAAGGUGGCGGAACCGGCCCCAGAGCCAGCGGUAGUCCCGGAAGCCGCCCCGGUCGAGGCCCCACCAGCCGAGCCUGCCCCCGCCGAAGCUGCUCCGCUCCCCGCUGACGUCGAGGCCGCACCUGCCGGAGCUGCUUCCCCGCAGGAGGGUGAGGGUGAGGCCGCAGCUGCUGCCCCGCCGGCCGACGGGGAGGACGCGGCGCCGGCUGACGGUAACUUGAGUGAUGAUGGAACUGAAGCUGCUGAGGCCGCCGAGCCUGAAGAACCUAAAGCACCUUCACCUCCGCCACCUCCACCCAAAGAGCCGACCAGCGCCCCUGUAGAUCUGUUUGUGGAGGACAAGAACGACACCUCAGUGUCCAUCAUCUGGAGCCAGCCGGAGGUCAUCGGACUGUCAGGCCUGGAUGGGUACAUCAUCGAGACCUGCAAGGAUGCAACUGAGGACUGGAAGGCUGUCAACGAAGAUCUGCAGAAGUCCUGCCGGUACGCCAUCAAGAACCAGACCACUGGGGACCGCCUAAAGAUCCGCGUGGUGGCCGUGAACGCCGGCGGACGCAGCCCGCCCGUUGCCCUCCCCGAGGCGGUGCUGGUGAAGGAGGUCGCCAAUCGCCCCAAGGUCCGCUUGCCUCGUUUCCUGCGGCAGAGAUACGUGGCUUACGUCGGGGACAAGAUCAACCUAACCCUGCCUUUCACCGGCAAGCCCAAGCCCGUGGUCAGCUGGACCAAGAACGGGCAGUCUUUAGACCCAAAGAGGGUGAUUAUCCGCAGCACGGAAAGGGACAGCAUCCUCUUCAUCCGCGCGUCCGAGAGAGAGGACUCUGGUGUGUACGAGAUGUGUGUGAAGGUGGAGGACUUUGAGGACAAGGCUUCACUCACCCUUCAGAUUGUUGAGCUGCCAGGACCCCCCGCCAGCUUGAAGAUCGUGGACACAUGGGGCUUCAACGUGGCCCUGGAGUGGACCGCGCCCAAAGACAACGGCAACACAGAAAUCACGGGCUACACCAUCCAGAAGGCCGACAAGAAGACUGGAGACUGGUUCACUGUGCUGGAACACUACAACAGGCUCAACGCCACCAUCUCUGACCUCAUCAUGGGCAACACCUACAAGUUCCGAGGGUUUUCCGAGAACAAGUGCGGUAUCAGCGAGGAGUCCGCCGUCACCAAAGACGAGGCGACGAUCCUCAAGACAGGAAUCGACUACCACGCUCCCGAGUACAAGGAGCACGACUUCACCGAGGCGCCCAAGUUCACCACGUCUCUGGCCAACCGGGCCACCACAGUGGGCUACAGCACCAAGCUGCUGUGCUCCGUCAGGGGGUUCCCCAAGCCCAAGAUCGAAUGGCUCAAGAACCAGAUGAUCAUCGGAGAAGACCCCAAAUUCAGGCAGAUCUGCGUCCAGGGUAUCUGCUCCCUGGAGAUCCGCAAACCGGUUAGCUUUGACGGCGGCGUGUACACGUGCAGGGCCAAGAACCACCACGGCGAGGUCACCAUCAGCUGCAAGUUGGAGGUCAGACAGCCGGUGAUUGCAGAGGCGGACAAGAAGAAGUAGGGCGUCAGAUUCUUUCACGCAGGCGGCGAGGCCUGGCAGCAUAAGGAAGAUGCUGGAAGAGCAUGUACAUACUGGCUGAUGACCACACACUCCACCAAACCCUAAGCUCCACAUUGACAUGUUUGUAUCAAUUUCAUUUGUGCUUUUUGUGUUUUCUGUAAAUGAACAUCACAAGUUGACGGCUAUGCAAAAAGGCUAAUAAGUCAAGUAGGACUAGAGAAUAGUCGUGUAAGAAACCAAAAGUCAACAAGUGGUCAGAACAUGAAGGACCAGCGAAGGAAUAAGUCGUCUGUUGCAGAAAACUACUUGAAAUAAACAAUGUCUGAAUGA